AUGGUAGAAACAUCACAGAACAAGCCCCGUCCGGCGGCGGGCAUACACUGGGCAUGGCUGGCCUCGCUUCCCGUUGUCGUAGGAGCGUUGCUUGUCACAUACCUGCCCGCUCUUCAGGGCAUCACGAUCAGUUUCCAAGAACCGCGGCCCUCCGUAACCAUUGGACAGGGCACCAUUGUUGGUCGGCUCGUCGAUGAUGGAACUUUUCCAAAACCGCUGGAGGGGUUCAUGGGUAUCCCUUAUGCGUUGCCCCCGGUGGACAGCCUCAGGUUCCGGGACGCGGUGCCAGUACCGAAGGGAAAUGGUACGCAGGAGGCUUUCUUCCUUGGGCCACGAUGCCCCGGCAAGCAGCUUGUCCCCUUUCUGGACGAUGACGGGCUUGGGCCGGACGUUGAGUCUGAAGACUGCCUGACGAUCAACAUCUGGCGGCCCCAGGGCUAUAACGCGCAGAAGAAGAAACUCCCUGUCGCAGUCCUGAUCCCUGGCGGCGCAUUCAACCGCGGGGCGGCUAGAAUGCACAACACGCACAGCAUGCUGGCCCAUUCGCCGGAGCCUUUCAUCGGCGUUAGCAUGCAGUAUCGAAUUGGUGUCUUUGGCGGCUUGAACACGGAGCUGACCGCCAAAGAAGGACUGCUGAAUCUAGGCCUCAAGGACAUGUAUGUGGCGCUAGAAUGGAUUCAGGAGAACAUCGCGGCGUUCGGAGGAGACCCAGACGAUGUCACGAUCAUGGGACUUAGCGCGGCAGCACAUGGAAUCGGUCAUCUGGUCAUGGAUGUCAAGCAGCCCAAGCGGCUCUUCCACAAGGCCAUCAUGGACAGCGGAGCGCAUACGGCGCGAGCAAUGCACCCUCCCGAUGCCAAGCUCAACCAGCAGCAUUUCCGGCAGUUGCUAGACCUGACACCCUGCUCUCACUACAAGGACCUUUUGAACCCCGAAAUCCUGACUUGCCUGCGCAGUCUAAACUCUGACACGGUAGAUGCCGCUGGCAAGAAGGUAUUUGCAGACUCGGAUCCUUCGGUGCGCUGGGCGUGGCAGCCUGUCUUGGAUGGGCAGAUAAUAUCCCGCCGGCCCCUGGACGCCUGGAAAUCCGGGAACUGGCAGAAGGUCCCGAUCCUGACCGGCUCGGCCCACAACGAGGGCUCAUUUUACGUACCGCUGUCCGCGAACGACUCCGCAACCUUCACAAACUUCUUUCACACACUGCUGCCUCACCUGACAUCGGCCGAGGUCGCCGAGCUCGAGGCACUGUACCCGGAUCCCGCCGUCGACCCGGCCUCGCCGUACGUGGAGGCCAGCGGCGACCCGCGCGUCGGGUCGCAGUACCGGCGCAUGGAGGCAGCGUACGGGCACUACGCGUACACGUGCCCGGUGCGGCAGACGGCAAUCCUGGGGACGUCGUCGUCGCCGUCGGACCCGCCCGUGUUCCUGUACCACUGGGCGCUGAACAAGACGGCCCUGUUCGGCGCCAACCACGGCGACCAGAUGCGCUACCAGACCUACAACCCCGAGGUGCGCGCCAUCUCGCCCGCCCAGGACGAGGUCGCCGGCGACUUCCACGCCUACUGCGUCAGCUUCAUCCUCCACGGCGACCCCAGCGCCAUGACGGCCGGCCGCUUCGCCGACCGCCCCGCCUGGCGUGGGUAUGCGGGCGGCAAGGGCCUGACCAUGGUCCUGGGCGAGGGUAAUGAUGAGAGGGCGGGCGGCACGGGCGUUGGUAUAGCUGCGCAGUUCAAGGAGUACACGUGGGCAGAGAAGGAGUGUGAUUUCUGGUGGAGGAUCUCGGGGAAGUGGGAGGACUGA